AUGAAGAGCCCUCCAUGCGUAGUGGACUCUACCUUUCCCAAACAUAAGUGUGCAUGUUGCGUAGCAGAGCUCCUCCAUGGUCCAGCACGCUCGGUCUGCCAUCGUCAGUCGCUUGACUUAGCCCUUAGGAGAUCAGAGAAUUAUCAGGCUAAAAGUAUAAGUCAUUCAACACGUGACUUCAGUCAGCCGGUGGAGUUUUUAAGUCGCGCCGUCGCAGCAGACUCCCAUACCCCACCGCUUGUCGCGGCCUUGGCUCCUUCCUUCAAGCGAAUCUUACGGCAGACGGGGCCGUCGCGCAAACAGCCGGACCGCAUGGGGAACAGGAGGGGGAUCACUGGCUUUGCAUGGCUCUGCGGCGCAAGGCACUUUCAUGAAGAGUCGCAGCAAAAGCACCUUGAGCAGCUUGAGACGCAGGACCUGGAGAAGCUGAAGCAGCAGCAGCAGCAGUACCUGCAGUCGCAGAAGGCGAAGCUCCGGACCCAGCUCGACAAUGCAACGUCACCACCGUCAGGGCAGGCCGUCACCGCCGCCGCCGCCGCCGCUGCUGGUGGUGGUGAUGCCGCCGUCAAAGGUGGCUGUAGCAGUGCUGCUGCUGGCAGUAGCACUUGUUGCCCUGACGGCGGCCGUGUUAGUGACAGCACGCGGAGCUCUGGCCUCCUGCUCGCGGGAAAGCCCGCCGGCGGCCGCGGCAGUAGCGGAACGCGCAGCUGCAGCGGCGGCGCCAAUCCGGUGUCUACCUUCACCACCACCGCGGCGGCGGCGGCGGCGGCGGCGGCCGCAGCCACCACUAAUGCCACCAAGGCGAGUGCAAGGCCGAUGCUGUCGCAGGCCGAUGAUUCUGAGAGCCUUUCUUCCGUUCCGGCUUCUGAAGCGGUUUUUGGGCUGGCCAGCCGCGCCUCUGCGCCUGCAUUGACCCAAGAGUCGCCGUUUUUGAAGCUUCACGGAGAUGCAGUAUCGAUGGAUGGUCGCUCAAGCGGAGGAUACAUCCUGAGACCUAUGGCUGGCGGCGGCGCCGUUCCGCCAGCUGGUCCCGGAGGCCGCUCCUUCAGCAGCAAUUCACGUCACAAACGAUUCAGCUCCAGUAAGAGUGUGCCUGCGAGCUUGUCCAAGGCGACGGCCGUUAGCAGCGGCGGCGGCGGCGGCGGCGGCGGCGGGACUGGGCAGGCGAGCUCAAUCGCCGCCUCCGGACCCCAGUCGAUUCAUGGUUCGUUGGGUCUUUAUCGGGAGCCGUCACUGUCGGCUUCGGAGCGGUCGUCGUACGGCAGCAGCCUUCUGAUGGCUGCAUUCGACCGUCACGGGACUCGCAGGAUGUUCCUCACGGAUAGCGCCAUGGGCGACAGCGCCAGCAGCGGCUCCGGCGGCUCCCAUUCCCUGGAGCAACCAACUCGUGGCAGUAGCAUCCGCGCCAAGGUACACGCCAGGUGGGGCAGUGACCCACGGGUCUCGGGUCUGUUCGCUGAGACCGCCCGCAUGCUGACACAUGAUGGACAGCUCUUCCUGGGUCGUACCGCCAUUAUUCGUCGCCUCAAUGCAGGUAGGUAUGCUGCGUGUGUACUGCCCGAAAUGUCGGCAUCGAUUCCGGUGGGGCACCGUGUCUUAGGCAUGGAGCAGCUGCACAAGAUGCUGGGCGCGAUGCCCAAAGCCUCGGAGGAGGAGGAUGGCGGCGAUGAGAAGGCCGACUGCGGCACCACACUGGAAACAGCGCCGACGACCAAGGGGGAUGGGAAGACGGAGAAGGCAUUGAGCAAGGUGCAGCAGCAGCUAGCAAACAAGGUUCAGCACACGCUGGACAUCCAACUGGUCGCCAAGGACGAUGGUUCCAUAGCCAGCAAGAGCAGGAGUAAGGGAGGCAAGGGAGGCAAGGGAGGCAAGGGAGGCAAGGGCAAGGCAAGCAUCCUGCGCCGUUUCCUGACCAUGGGAGGAGGUGGUGGCGGCGGCGGCGGCGGUGCAGCCUCCACUGCAAUGGCCUCCGCUGCGUCUGCAGCCUCCUCCGUCAAGGCCGGCAGCAGCUACAGCCGCAGCGGUAGCUUUGGCGGCAGUGUGACGGGCAACGCCAGCGGCGCCUCCUCCAUCCGCAUCGUCGCAACCUACCAGUUCCGGUACGGCCUUCGCCGCUUUCGUCUCCAAGACCAUUUCGCAGUUCGUGACGGGCUCAUCGUGAGGCUCAAGCGCACCCGCGGUUGA